UCAAAAUAAAACUAUAAUUCACAGUAAAUUGUUUAGGUAAAAUCUUGUAAUCAUAAUGUUUCUCGUUACUACCACACUAGCGCUCGUUUUCAUAACGGGUUUGGUCAUAUAUUGGUAUAGGAGAGAUAGUCGAUUGCCUGCCGGACCCAGAGGAAUACCAAUAUUUGGAAUAAACCUAUUCUUGGGUUCUGAUCCAACUAAAAAGUUCAUGGAAUGGAGCAGGAAAUACGGCACUGCAUACACGGCUCGAUUUGGCAACACAGAUAUGGUAGUUCUCACCGAUUAUGACGUCAUUCAUGAUGUUCAUAUACGCCAAGCAUCUAAAAUGGGAGCUCGACCUGAACUGACUGUACAUGACGCAUGCAACCAAGGAAUUGGACUUAUCUUUGCAUCUCCAAAAAUUUCGGAUAUCCACAGACCUUUUACAAGACAAGCUAUGAGAAGGUUGGGACUCGGCAAAAAUACAAUGGAGACAAGGAUACAGCAAGAAGCGUCGUAUUUGGUUGAAGCUAUCCGAGAAAAAUCCGGAAAACCGUUCGAUACGAGUCGAUUAUUCUUGUACACUGCAUUCAAUAUUUCAUGUUUGAAUACAUUGGGUGAACGAUAUCCAUACGAUGAUAAAAUAUUGCAACAAGUAGGAUCGGAACUAGUAGACGAAGUACGACACUAUGGAAAAUAUAUAUUUCUCAUUGGAUCUUCCAAGUAUUUGCCUCAUUUCGCUCCAUUCAAAACUUCAAUGCAAAACUAUAUAAACGAUUUCAAUCAUCUUGCUGAAUAUUUUGAAAAAAAGAUCAACGAACACGAAAGCAGUUACGACGAAAACGAAAUGCGAGACUAUAUUGACAUUUUCCUACAAGAGAUGAAGAAGGAUGAACAUGAUCCAUCAUUUAAUAAACGUCAAUUACUGGUUGCUUUGCAUAAUAUGUUGGACGCAGGAUCACAAACUUUGUCAUGUACUCUCACAUGGUGCAUGAUUGCCUUGAUUAAGUAUCCAAAAUAUUACAAGAUUCUUAGAGAUGAAGUCGAUGCCGUUGUUGGAAGUGGAAGAAAAGUUUCGCUAUCGGAUCGUAAAAAUAUGCCACAAACCCUAGCAUUUUAUCACGAGUUGAUGCGUCGAUGCACACUUGUAAAAUCUUUCUUCGGGAGAACUAUUGUGGAUGGUGUUGAUGUCAAUGGAUACAAAUUACCAAAGAAUACUACGAUUCAAUCAGUCACUUGGUCAAUUCAUAACGACCCGAAGUGUUUCCCCGACCCAGACAAAUUUCAACCGGAAAGAUUUUUAAAUCUUAAAGAUGGAACGUUCCAGAAGUCAAAAUAUUGGAUGCCAUUUGCCAUUGGAAAGCGUAAUUGCAUUGGCGAUCAACUGGCACAAAUGGAGCUUUUCAUUCUGCUAGUUUCGUUGAUACAAAAUUUUGACAUUUCUGUUCAUGACGGUACAAAAAUUCCUUCCCUUGACGAUGGAGUAGAUGGAAUUGUUUUUACUCCCCCAGCACUGGACUUAGUAUUUACCAGUAGAGAAUAAAUCAAGGCAAGGAUAUGUCAUUGAAGGGUCUUGACGAUUAUUUAGGCUAAAUUAAAGACGGGAGAAACCUGUAUAUCUUUCAAAAUAAACUCGUAUAUAUAUCGUGAUUUUGUCUAGGCCUGUUUCGAUGAAUAUUAAAAACACGAUCUUGAUAUGUAUUGGAAUAGUGACGAUGACAUCAUACUGACAAAUUGGCCGACCUAACUGUAAAUAGUAUUUAAUAACGAGAUAAGUCGCUCAGGUUACGUUAACGCGCAUCUGAGAGGGCGUCUACCCGCAAAUACCGAUUGUUCAAGACUUUGAAGUCAAUACAAUCACACCAAUUCCACACUA